AUAAUGGAAGGACACAUUCAAAAAACCGAUGAAGAAUCUAAAACCAAAGGUUCAGUUGACGAAGAACAUGAAACCUUACCGACGUUAGAAGAUUGGAGAACUUUACCAAGAGUUGCCGAUAAAAUACCAAUUAUGGCAUGGAUGGUUGUAAUUUGUGAACUUUGUGAAAGGUUUACAUAUUAUGGAGCAUCAGGACCUUUUCAAAAUUAUGUACAAUACCCUCCACCAGCGGUAAAGUUUGGACAAGCUGGAGCCAUUGGAGCGGGUCAAGAAACUGCUACGGCUUUAAUAUAUUUUUUUCAGUUUUUCUGCUACAUAACUCCUUUAAUAGGUGCAAUUGUAGCAGAUCAAUAUUUUGGAAGAUACAAUACGAUAUUGUUAUUCUGCAUAAUUUACAUGGUUGGAUUAACCGUCCUAACAGCGACAGCAACUCCUAUGGCUAUCGCAGCAAAAGCUGCGUUUCCAGGUCUGAUAGUCUCCAUGAUAAUUAUUGGUUUAGGAACAGGAGGUAUCAAAAGCAAUGUUAGUCCGCUAGUUGCCGAUCAAUAUACUCGCACUAAACCUUAUGUUAAAUCAACGGGAAAUAAAAAAGUUAUUGUAGAUCCAAAAAUUACAAUUCAAUCUCUUUUUCAUUGGUUUUAUUUGGCAAUUAAUGUUGGAUCACUUUCACCUAUUCUUACAACUUAUAUUGAAAAAUAUCAUUCAUUUUGGUUGGCUUUUCUUAUUCCGCUUGCCAUGUUUUUCGGUGCUAUUGCGGUUCUUGUUAUUUUUAAGAGUAGAUACAUAAAAACACCUCCUCAAGGAUCAAUUCUUUUAAAAUCUUUCCGUGUUCUUAAAAUGGCCUUUAUUCGUGGUAAAAAACUUGACAAUGUUAAGCCAUCAAAUUUAUCAAAUGAAGAUAUAUCAAAAUAUAAUGUAAAUUGGGAUGAUAAAUUUAUUAAUCAAGUGAAAAAAACACUUAAAGCUUGUAAAGUAUUUGUAUUUUUCCCUAUUUAUUGGGUUUGCUAUGGACAAAUGAACAGUAAUUUGGUUUCACAAGCUUCUGUUAUGCAAACUGGAAAUGUUCCAAAUGAUUUGAUUAUGAAUUUAAAUCCUAUUAGUCUAAUAAUUUUAGUUCCAUUUACCGAUCAUGUCAUCUAUCCAACACUUCGAAGAUUCGGUAUAACAGUUCGUCCAAUCACACGCAUGUUUAUUGGAUUUAUGUUAGCUUCAUUGGCAAUGGCAUAUACCGCAAUAAUUCAGCAUGUCAUUUAUACUACCGGUCCAUGCUUUGUCAAUACGGGCUGUGAAUUCGAUGGUCAAGUUGUUCCUAAUAAUGUGAAUGUUUGGAUACAAUCUCCUUCUUAUGUUUUAAUUGGUUUUUCAGAAGUUUUUGCUAGUGUCACGGGAUUAUCCUACGCGUAUGAAAGGGCACCUGAUGAAAUGAAAUCUACAGUUAUGGCUAUAUUCUUAACGAUGUCGGCAUUUGGUUCAGCAUUAGGAUUUGCCUUUGUGCCAUUAUCAAAAGAUCCACAUCUUGUUGUUUUAUAUAUUAUACUUAGUGUUAUUGUCGCUGUAGCUGGGUUCUUGCUAUUAUUCACUUUAAAAAGAUUUGAUAACGAGGAACAACAAGAGGAAGAAGAACAGGUCGAUAAAUCCGAAGAAUAGUCACAUUUUAAUAAUGUACAAUAUUAACCAAUUUAUUUUAUUGUUUUUAUUAUAAUAUAUUUAAUUUUUAAAAAAUAAAAUUUAGUCAUCUUUUUUUAGUCAUAUGAUCACAUACUGUAAUACGAAUUUCACAAUACGAUGAUUAACAUAUGAAAAAAUUCUUGUUAUACCGAAUAUCAUUAGUAUAAGUAAUUUUUAUAACACGCAUGUACA